AUGAACAAACGCAUAACGACACAAGAGAAUAUGUACAAAAAUACGUUUUCCGUUUUAUGUUACCAUUUUCGUAUUUGUUUUAUAACAAUCAUCUUCCUUAAUAUUAAAGCUGAGCCUUGUACCUCCUCGAAAACUUUGAGACGAAGUAGUAGAUUUAGAAACGAACAGACUGAAGUUAAACCUCACAAAUGCAGAGUGUGUGGUAAAACGUUUCAGAAUAAAUUUAAUUUGUAUGAGCAUGAAGGAACUCAUGAAGAAGAAAAAUCAUAUCAAUGCAAGUUUUGUGAUAAAUUAUAUAAACGAAGGCAUGAUCUAUAUAAUCACGAAAGAACUCAUAUAGUUCCAAAAAUGCAUAGAGUCAAGGAACCAUAUCGUUGUAAGGUUUGCGGCAAAACUUUUGCUUUUAAAUCUGACCUAAUGGUUCACGGAGUAGUACAUGACGAUAAAAUGCCAUAUGAAUGUUCGGUGUGUGGCAAGGGCUACCUGCGAGAAGAAAGACUUUUAGCACACAUGCAGAAUAAGGGGCACACAAGUGAUACCGUACUACAAACCGCGACUGACAAGAGAUAG